UAUAUAUAUAAUAAGUGAGGUUAUUUUGAUGUAUUAUCUAGUCAUUUGGUUUAGCUGAUGUGAAGAAAUUUUUUGAUUUUUUGAAAAAACGUGACGGCACACAUCACACUACUGAUAUUGAUUGUUCGUCUUUGUCGUUUUUGAGCGAGUAAUUUGUAUCGUCUGAUAAAACUGGAUCCAAACUUGUAUCUGACGUCUGUGUGGUGGGCACAUUAUGAUACUUAAAUGAUAACUAAACGAGGAAACAGUAUUUCAACGAAUUCCUAAUAAUUCUCCCACUCGAUGCAUGUUGAUCAACGUUUAGUUUUGAUCACUAACCAUAUACUUUUUGCAGAGCAGGUUAAAAAAUUAUAUCAUAUAAGUAUCUUUGUGUUUGCCUAAAAGCUGCUAAAAACAAAACUUGCUUUGUCCUCACUCCUUAGAGCGGUCUUGUUUGCAGAUAUACAGCGUGACUCGUGGAAACCAAAAUGACAACCAAAGUUUCCGCGAAAUUUUGGCUGGGAGAAACUUUAGUCACCUCAAAGUAGUUACUGUAAUGUGGGGGAUAAAGCGAACCGUUAACAGAAAGCGUUAAGCAGUCAAGUAUCGCCACGCCGACCCAUCAGUCCUACCACUAGUUAUCAGUAUUGUUUUUUUACUCAGGAUGGAUUCGUCAGAGGACAUCGAUGACAACUCCAAACAGUUCUCUGAUGAUCUGUCCGAUGAUGAGACUUUGGUCGAAGGGCUGCUGGCCAAUGAAACAGAAGUUAAGGGAAAGACUUGCUUUCAAAAAGAAAUACAUGACCUCAAGCUUCUUCCAUAUGCAGAUGAAAUUGAAAAAGAGGCUGAUACCUUAUUUACAGAGAUUAAAUAUAACUUGGGUCGAUACAUCAUGUUAAGAGACCUUGACAAUAUUACCGAAUAUUGGUAUCAUCUAGUAAGGUAUAUUAAGUUGUUUGACUUGAGGUUUACAAAGGAAGAUCACAUUUCCUUAAUUAAACUGAUAUAUGAAUUUAUGACUAUCCCAAAUUUAAAAUCAUUGUCAGUUGUCAGCAGCGGGUGGACCCUUAUUAUGCUUUUAAGAAAAAGUGACUUGAUUUCGCCUAACGAAUUGGAACUGCCGUGGAGACCUUUGUACGAAUUGUGCAAUAAUACAAUCAAUAAAACAGCAUGGAACAUUCCUCUUCAGAUUAACUCUCCUUCACUCAAAACCGUUCUUGAAAAAGUGAUUUAUGCAGCGAAAAUUUAUUUUCCUGCAAAUGCAACUCAAGAAAUACUCGACGAACUGCGAUCAGGAAUUUGUGCAUUUAAUUACGGUGUGACGCGUACAUCUAUCAAGAUGUUAGAAUGGUUUUUGCCGACUAUGAUGACGCCAGACCGCCAUGAGCAAGGCUUCAAGCUGUGGUUCGACGAAUUAUUGACCCUUUGGAAAAAUUGUACCAUGCUUUCGAUCGCUUCUAGUCUGUUGCACCUAUUCUCUGACUUGGCCUAUUAUAACGUUGGUUACAUUGACUGGGAGCCCUACAUACCUUUAAUGUUCACAAAAUUUGUUCAAAGCUUCGGUUUGCCAGUGAAUUACAAAAACAUAAGCUGCAGAAGUAAUCUUAAACUAUCACCCCGCCGCAUUGGGAUAUGGAUUGCAUCUGCUUUGGGAGGAAACUCUAGUGUUCAAGCCUAUUUGGAUAAAUUUUUAAAAACUGUUGAAACUUACUUUCAUCCUGCUAAUUAUGGUAACUGGCUUCACUCCCUUGAAGAAUUGUUUUUAACACUGUCAAAUGUUGUAGUUGUAAGGCUUUACAAAGAAAGAUAUCAGAAAAACAAAAGUAACAACCCUAGGUGGAAUCCACCGACUCCUGAAUCUCACAAAUUAACGGACGCCGACGUCGAUGCAUUUGUAAAUAGUAUGAUGCAAAUUGUUACAAUUGGCAUUUAUAACAAACGCUGCCACGAUUUAUUCGAAGCCUUGAGUUAUUUAGCAAUAACAAGGCCAAACAUUGUGAUACCUGUCGUAUUGGAAAAAGUGUAUCCUACUUUAGGUUUCGAAAUUGAGCCACACAAGCAAAUCAUUGCUUUCAACUGUAUGAUUGCUAUCGCUCGGCCGAUGGUUCUAGGCUCACGUCACAUCGAAAAAGAAUACGCAUUUCAAGAAGGACAAUUGUACAUACUGCCAUUGCUCUUUACGGCGUUGGCGGGUAUCGAUCCAAACGACCAAAACAAGUGCCUUGCCACGUUUAGACUCAUUCAGAUAUACGUCUCGAUGAUUCCAAUCGUGGACUGCUCCAAAUCGUCAGCAGUUACAAGCGAGGAUGAACGGCUUGUUUGCGAGGAUACGUCGCGCUUUGAAGAUUUUGUCUUGCAACUCAUGUCGAAGGUGUUUACGUUGAUCGAGUCUAGUACGUUUGAAUCGGUUAGGCUUGAGAGUACGAGAAGUAACGUCAAAAGUCAAUCGCAUUCCAAGUUUGAGAUGGAACUCAAUUUUUUGUUCUUGACACUGUUGCGCCAAUCUAGUCCAUCGUUGAGAAAUUUUGCGCUUUUCAAAUUGCGUAGCUUCAUCUUGGAAUCGACACUCGAAAUUCAGGUGUCGGGCCGAUUAGUUGCCACGCUCUGUGAAGUAUUUGCCCAAGUCCACGGUCCCGAAACUCUAAAAGCUCUGAUGCCCUUCAUCUCUGAGAGAUUUCACGAAUGCAUCGACGAAGACGACGCCUUUAAGGCUGAGCAUCUCAAUAAUCAAAUUCUCUUUCCGCUACUACUAUUAAGCCGUUUAGUAUUGACUCAGGGUGACGUUCUUUUACCCCAUGAAGACACUGUACUCGACGUCAUCGACAAAGCUAUUCAUUUGAAAUCACUCGAGGGUAACGAGCUUGGCUGCGUACUAUUGAGUAACACUUUGCAAGCGCUCGCUAACGUGAAUCCGAUCAAUGUCGAGCGAAAUCUCGACGAUUCCGAGUACCCACAUACAAGAGAUUGGGGCGUGACAUCCAAGAUUAAACGCAUCAAGUUUUAUGUGCCCGGCGAUAAUGAGGUAGCUGCUUUGGAGAGGAUUUUUAAGAGAUACUUUGUGCCGGUCAUCGCUGCGAUCGAGAAGUUUAUCGAAACGGGAAAUUCAUUGUCACGGGAUGACUUGGAACGUACUUUGAGGAUUCUUUCUUACAUCUUGAAGGGAUGUAAUGGAUUUUUGCCGGUCUGGUCGGAGCCUCCGUUACAAAUGAAACGCAUGCGGGAUAAAAAAGUGUUUGAAGCGGCAGUAGGUUUCAAGGGGGAAAUCAAAAUGCCCGACGGCAGUAAUGUCAGAUACUUUUUGGCGCGAUUAAUAUCCCGACUCCAAGAAGUUAUGAUGGCUAAAGUUGAGGACGAUACGAAAAGUUUCUUUCAGCUGAUUGUGGUUUGGCAAUACGUUCUCUUUGGCAAAAUUUUUUCCGAGACAAGUUUCAAGUAUUUAACGAAUUUCCAUAAUUCGAUGUAUCCGGUUAAAUAUCGAUUGACUGGCUGCAAGGGCUGGUUCGUAACGUACAAACUGGCCCGAGUUUAUAUGCUUCAGGGCUUGCGCAGGCAAUCUGCCGACUAUCCAACAACCGAGACUCACAAAUCAAUACUCUUGAACUUGUUUAAACUAAGCAUCAGUCACUAUCCUGGAGUUCGCAUAAAAUCCCAAGAUGCAAUUUUGAAUUCUCUAAUGUUUUUUGGAAAGGUCGAUGUGAUUUUGUUACCUGAUAUUAUCGAAGUUCUUCAACGAGAUCCUACUGCUCAUCAUGAUGCUUUUAAAGGAAUUUUAUACCUAUUAAUAGGACAGGCGAGUGGGUCUGAUUGUCUUAUGAUCUCGUUGGAUUGGGAAUUCACGAGAAAACUAUGGCCAGCCAUUGCCAGUUCCAGAAGUUCUGAAAAACCUUCGAUAGUUCGUUUGAAAAAAGCAAUCGCUGAAGCGCUAAGAGACUAUUACUCGUCGGUCAACUUGAGAGCAACAAUACCCGAUUCAACUGUAUCUGCGGCGGAAAAGCUCUGGGACACUGGGUUGAAACUAAUCGAACCGAAACCCAGCGAAGAAGAAAUGAACAAGGGAAUCGAAAAUUUGCGCAAAAUCGAAGAAGAAAACUUUAGGUGGUACAACGAGAUCAUGGACGAGCUCUUGAUUGCUCUGGUCGACAAAAAUAAGAUUUGGAAUGAUCGUCUGGUUAGCAUGAAUUUCAUGUACGUUCUCCUCAACGAUGAAGUCAUUGUUUCCGCCCCAACCGUACGGUUUUUUCUAAAUUCCUUGCUGCACGAUACGAUACACGAAAGAAAGGCUGCUUUGAGAGUGCUUACAACAAUUAUGAAGCAGUUGAAGAAAAAAUAUCCCAAGAUUGAAAUAGAAAAUCCGUCUAUCAGUGAGUAUUCGUCGUUGCCAGGCCCCAUUAAACCUGGUUCCAGACCCGAUAAUGCCUGGCUCCAGUACAAUCGCGAGACGUGCCCAACCAGCCAGGCAGACUGGGAUGAGCCUCGUUACGUGAACAAAAUCAACACUGGCUACUACGCGUGGCCUAGAAAACUCAAAGUCUGCGCUCCCUCGGCCAAACAGAGUCUUUUUGACCGAUCCACGUACAAGGAACAAGAUUUGGAGAUUAUUCGUUUCUUCGAGGAGACGCUUAACGUGGACAAACUCAUCGAAUACCUGAGCCUCGAAGGUAAAAAAGUUUUGGAAAAAUUCGACGACAACCGGCGAAUCUUCUUCAAAAGUCUGUUUCGCAACUACGGCGACUCUUUCCUGCCACAUUUUCUGCCCCACCUGCGUCGCCUUGUCGUCGAAAAGCAAAACGCGUCCCAGCGCUGCGCUGCCGAGAUAAUAGCGGGCAUAGUUCAGGGCUCGAAACACUGGACCUACGAUAUGGUCGCCCGGAUGUGGGAGGGUCUGCUACCGAUACUGCGCAAAGCCAUGAGCAAUCUGACCGGCGAGUUUAUAGUCCACUGGCAGGCCUGUAUGGUGCGGAUCUGCAUGCAGCGCGAUCCAAAGAGGCUCCACUGGUUGCUCGAGUUUCUGCUCGAGGAGACUCCCAAGGAGCAAUCCGUUGAAGCAUCCAUCGUUCAAUACGGACGCAUCAUGAUUUUGCAGAGUGCCAUCGUGCCUAUCGCCUGGAAGUCGGUCGACCUGUUGCACCGAACGCUCAAGUACUUGGAGAGCCGCAUCGAGCAGAGAAUCUUCCGCACGGUCAGGGACGCUUUGGUGACGACGCUUAAUUUGAUCCUCAACGAGAACCUACAGCUGACAACCGUGAGCGACGAGCCGAACGGUACGAAGUUUAUAGACAAGUUUUAUCCAAAGGUGCAAUCGUUACUCGAAAAAGACGCCACGGCUUUGCAAGACUCAUCCACGAGUGCCAUGGAAACGGAGCAACCAAACGGGAUCGACCUCGAGCGGGAGAACACGGUCCGUUUGUUCAAGACGAUCUGCAUGUGGAUCUACUGUGCGUCGCGGACCUCGUUCAGCCAGAAUCUCUCGAGUUUCUACAAAAUGCUGCCUCUGAUGUGCCAGUUGGAAAACGACGACAAGGACGAGGAGCUGUCGAAGAUCUGUACGCAGUCCAUCGCCGCUCUGGCCCACACUGUACACCGUGGCGAGCACAUACCCUCGGCUCUCGAGUCUGUGCGUCUUGUCUGCCAAAGUGACUCGUGGUCGUCCCGAGCCAACUGCCUCGAGUUUUUGCAGGUGUUGGUUUUUCACAAUAUGAGCUUGUUUUUGAGCAACGAGGGCUGGAUACGUGACGUGCAAAAUGUUGUGGUGAAAUGUCUGGAGGAUGAGAGGCUCGAGGUCAGGGAAAAAUCCGCCAAGCUACUUGGCGGAUUGCUUCAUUGUAACGUCAUACCCGAUCAGGAAGCUCUUCUGGAAGAGUUCAAGAAAAAAACGAGAACGAAACUCGUUAAAAAAAAAAAAGUAGUCAAUUGUCCUAAAGCUGCUCGUGUUCGUCAUGCUAGUAUUCUCGGAAUGUGCGCCUUCAUUCUAGCGUAUCCUUACGAUAUUCCCAAGCACGUUCCACCGAUUUUCGAGUGUCUCAGUUUUCACCUUAACGAUCCUGAGCCAAUACCGACUACCAUUCAUAAAACGGUAAACGAAUUUAAGCGUACCCACACUGAUGGUCUGGCAGAAAAAUUUACGGAAGAGCAAUUUGCAGUUUUGCAAGAUUUGACUGUCCCGCCAUCGUACAUUGUGUGAUUGUGAAAUUAAAAUUAAAUUAUAACGACGAAUGGAAUUGGAAAGUUUUAUUUAGCUAGACGAGUAAUGAAAAAAUAUUUCAAAUUAAAUUUUUAUUAUUAGUCGUAGAGUCGACCUUUUUAUUGUAGAUAUACGUGUGCAAAUGCAUCAAAAGUAUUGUAUAACGCCUUUUUUUUUUUUUUUUAAUA